UCGGGAGCCGACUCUCUUGAUAGCGAGCCGGCUCCCGUCGUUCACUUCAAAGAGCCGGCUCUAAUCCGGCUCUCGUUCGCAACCGACCCAUCACUAGUUGGAACCCUCUUGAACCACCUCCAGGGUGAUAGUCAUGCUUUCUGAACGGAGCUUUUUCUCCCGCAGAUACCCGGGCUGACAGCCGUCCCCUCCGCUCUUUAGGAACAUCCUUUAGGAGACCUAAACCAGCUUUUUCCCGCCGCUGUGCUUCCUCUUACAAAAAAAGCUGCCUUGGUCUGCUGGUGUGAAUGAAGAGCUGCGGUAAAGAGAGAGAGCCUCCCUUCCUCAGCUGCUAGACACCAGGAUCUUUCAAGCACCGCUGACUGCUGUGAUGCAUCUCUGGUGUAAGGAGCAAAAGUGAAGGAGCCAGAGGAAUCCUGUGUCUGAUAUAUGGAGGGAAAACUGUGUGCUGGAGCCAGGGAUUACACUCUGAGGAAGACGCUAGCAUAACUGUUAUCUUCAUGUAAAACUACACAACCUGCAGGCUGAAAUCCUCAUCAGUGUCAUCAUAAUGAGGUUCUGCUGGUAGCCUUCUGCUACCUGUUUGGCGUUUCUCCUGUUCAACAAACACGUCCCAGUGCUGACAACACUCAGACACGCAUUUUACUGCAACCAGACAAACCGCCACCUGCCAUGGAUCGCCUGUGUCCGGGUGAAGGCGUGAGCCGGACGCAGGCCCUCGUCGGCAAACUGUAGCCACCUGGAUUCUCUUCAACUGAAUUCCUGUGAUUUUAUUCUGGAGUUAUUCUGUAUUUGGACCAGGGAUGGAUGUACCGGAAGCCAGCAAGCAUGGCAAGAAGUCGUCAAGUCAAAAGCUGGAGGACCAGAAAAAGAUUUACACAGACUGGGCCAAUCACUACCUGGCCAAGUCCGGCUGCCCGCGCCUCAUCAAGGACCUGAGUCAGGACAUCACGGAUGGAGUCCUGCUGGCACAGAUCAUCCAAAUCAUAGCGAAUGAGAAGGUGGAGGAUAUCAAUGGCAGCCCCAGGAGCCAGUCACAAAUGAUCGAAAAUGUGGACGCCUGCCUCAGUUUCCUGGACGCCAGAGGAGUGAAUGUACAAGGGCUCUCAGCAGAAGAGAUCAGGAAUGGCAACCUAAAGAGCAUCCUGGGCCUCUUUUUCAUCCUAUCGCGCUACAAGCAGCAGCAGCAACAGCAGCAGCAGUACUACCAGUCCCUGGUGGAGCUCAGCCAGCAGACCAGCAGCACCGCACCGUCCACCAGCAGCCACAAGACGCAAGAGAUGCAGUCCAGUCUCACAGCACGAUAUGCAAGUCCUCCGGGCCACAGUGGAAUAGGGUCACCACAGAAGAAAAACACACGGUUACCGGGGCCGUCCAGGGUACCUGCUGCAGGCAGCGGGGCCUCCAGGAGCCCAGGCUCAUCCAACCUCAACCGUCGCAGCCAGAGCUUCAACAGCAUCGACAAGAGCAAGCCUCUUCAAUAUGCCAGUGGCAACGACAGAGAAGCGGUGAGGGGCAUCCCAGUACCCGGUGGGAUGAACGGGAGCGGUAUGGGAGGGACAGUUCCCACCAGCCUCAGUGGGCAGCAGCUGGCCUCUGCCAUCCCCUCACCUACCGCCGGCAAGUCCUGGCGCAGCAAGUCCAUGAACCUCAAGCACAGCGCCACCUCGUCCAUGCUGGCAAGCCCGACGCACUCACCCUCCACCACCCCUUCACCCCAGGCCCUGGAGGGACUUCAAACACACGGCAGCGAUGGAUCAAAAGUUGGGUCGGCUGUCGGCGGUGCACCCCAGAGGUCCAUGCUGGAGAAGUUCCGCCUGAUUAACCCAAGAUCGGCUUCGCGAGCGUCACCGUCUGUGGCCGAGAUGGCUCUGCAGGAGGAGGAUGACCUGUCAGAGUAUGGUGACGAUGGAUUGACGCCCACAAGCUCAGUGUGCAGCAGUGGCAGUAGCAGUGCUACAGCUAAGCAAAUACCUGCCAAGACCUCGGCUUCGUCCCUCGCUGCAUCUAGCAAGACUUCCUCUUCGUCCCCGUCCUUUUCAAAAGCUUCUGCCAACGGCAGCAGGUCCAUGGCCUCGUCCAAAGACAAGGAGGACAAAAGCAAGUCUGGGAAAUCUUCUAAGGAUAGCUCUCCACCCAAAGAAGAGCGUGAGUCAUUUGCGGACUCCACCAAGAAGACCUCCAAAAUUGCCAGUCUCAUCCCCAAGGGAGGAAAGCCGACAUCUGGGAAGAAAGAUGGAGGCUCCUCCUCUGCUUCCACUGGCAUCCCUAAGCCAGGACUUAAGGCUCCCUCAACAUCAACAGCAAAGCCUCAGAAUCAGUCCCAGACCCAAAGUCAGGCCGCCUUAAACAGCAGUGGCAACAUGCGGGGAGGAGAGGGAGAGAGAGGCAAGCUGACGAAAGGAGGGCAGCAGGGCGGGAGUUUCUACAUACAGCGCUCCAUUGCUGGACCAGAGGGAAAACGGACCAGCAUGACCUCUUCCACCAGCACCUCAGCCCUGUCUGGGUCUGGUGGGAUGCUGGGAGGAGGAGGAGGAGGAGGAGGAGGUGGAGGUGGAGGAGCGCUGGGAGGGAACGGAGUAGUUCAGCUUCCUCAACAGCAGCAGCACAACCAUCCCAAUACUGCCACUGUGGCCCCCUUCAUGUACAGGACAUUCUCAGAAAAUGACUGCAGCAUGGUGGCCCCAGCCGACCCCUGCCUCAGCCCCACCAAGGGAGAGCUGGUCUACAGCAAGACAGCCAAACAGUGCCUGGAGGAGAUAUCAGGAGAAGACCCUGAGACAAGACGCAUGCGGACGGUGAAGAACAUCGCUGACCUUCGGCAGAACCUGGAAGAAACCAUGUCCAGUCUGCGGGGGACACAGAUCAGCCACAGUACGCUAGAAACAACCUUCGACACCACAGUAACCACUGAGGUCAAUGGGCGGAGUCUCCCAGCCCUCACCGCACGCUCCUCCCCCAUGGCCUGGCGUCUGGGCCCAACACAAACCCCGCGUCUCCAGGCAGGCGAUGCCCCCUCAAUGCCCAGCAGCUAUGCUGCGCCCAGGGCGAGCUCGACAAGCGCCGGCACCACCACAGGGCGCUACAGUGGGCAUUCGGACCCCACCAGGUUUGUGUACAGUGCCCCCCUGAGGCGAGCGGCAGCAGGGGCGAGGGGGGCGGAGCAGGGGGAGAAGGGAGGAGGAGGAGGAGGGCUGGAAGGAGGGAAGCAGAUGGAGGUGGCAGGGUACAUGAGUGAUGGGGACAUCCUAGGGAAGAACGGCCGGAUGGAUGAGCUCACCAGCGGAUACCUUACAGACGGCGGUCUCCAUCUGUAUGCACGGAACACAGGCCGAGCUUCAGACACGGCGUCUUCACGAGAAAUAUCCCAGAGAGGGAGCAAAGAGAUGCAGGGCGACAUAGACAGUUGGGACGACAGCAGCUCAGUGAGCAGCGGCCUGAGCGACACGUUGGACAACAUCAGCACAGAUGAUCUGAACACACCUGCCUACUCCGCUGUCAGCUCAUCACGCAAGAGCAAAGGAGCGCAGUCUCAGAGAGGAAGCAGGUCCAAGCAUGCAGAGCAGGAGGUGAGCAGCAGCUGGGCCGGAGCUGAGGACCUGAAGAAGGUAGAGGAGGAGCUGGAAGCGAGCAUGGACCCCAGCAGCGGCUCCUCCCGCUGGAAGCCUUCAUCAUCCUCCUCUUCCUCCCAAACCCAGGGCCAGUACGAGGAUGCCGGUCAGAAGGCCGCCGCACUGGCCCAGAUGUCCCAGACGGGAUCAUGGAGGAGGGGCAUGACAGCCCAGGUGGGCAUCACGCCACCCAGGACCAAGGGUGGCUCUGCCACCCUCAAAACACCAGGCAAAACUGAUGAUGCUAAGGCCUCAGAGAAGGGCAAGGCACCUUCCAAGAGUUCUGCUGGCAUCCAGCGCUCACCCUCAGAUGCUGGGAAGAGCAGUGGAGACGAGGGCAAGAAACCCCCAUCUGGCAUCGCACGCCCACCCACCACAGGCUCAUUUGGAUACAAGAAGAUCCCAGGUCCCACCGGCACCCUAAUCACCUCUAGUGGCGCGACGCUCGCCAGCGGCUCAGCCACCCUGGGCAAGGCGCCCAAAUCCUCAGCUGCCCUAGGCAAAGGCACAGGCAUCGGCGGUGUGCGGAAGACCAGUCUGGACGGCUCGCAGCCCCAGGAUGACGGCAUCCUGCUCAGCUGCGGCAGCUCCAAAGUCACCCUGCAGUACCGCUCCCUGCCCAGACCGGCCAAAUCCUCCAGUGGGGUGGCGGCAGGGCGCAGCGGGCAUCGCUCCAGCUCCAGCAGCAUUGACUCAAAUGUCAGUGGCAAGUCAGCCACACAAACGGGCACCAAACGCCGGGACGGAAAAGUGGGCUCAGACCGCUCCAGUCCCAUCACAAUAAACCAGACGGACAAGGAGAAAGUGGCGGUGUCAGACCAGGACCCAGCAGCGGGACUAUCCACGUCCCCCAAGUCCAGCCCCACCUCCACUACAACAGGCCAGUCAGGCCUCAGGCAGCCAGGCUCCAAGUACCCUGAUAUUGCUUCUCCUACCUUCCGCAGAUUGUUUGGCACCAAAGCCAGCAGCAAGGCCAGCUCUCCGGGCACGCCCGACUCUGGCAAGUGCCCCUCAUUACUGGGCAGCCCCCACGGCACGCUGGCAAGGCAGGCCAGUCUGGACUCGCCCUCCUCUGGCACGGGGAGCCUGGGCAGCGCUGGCGGCCUGAGUGGUGGCAGCAGCCCACUGUACGGUAAAACCCCAGACUUGUGCACUGACUCCCCGGCCUCCAGCCCGGCCUCUGGCCUCUCCCUGCCCUCCAACGCUCGGCCCUGGCCUGCCUGUAGCUCGUCAGCUGGCAGCAAGGACACACUGAGCUGCCAAAGCAUGACCAGUCUGCACACCAGCUCAGAGUCCAUUGAUCUGCCGCUGGGCCACCACGGGCCAAAGGUUACACGAACCGGCAGUGUCAAGUCCACCCUGUCAGAGGGCAUGCCUCUUGACAGAAACACGCUUCCCAAAAAGGGACUGAGGUACCCUCCGUCCUCCCGGCAGACAUCCCACGAGGAAGGGAAGGAGUGGUUGAGGUCCCAUUCAACAGGGGGGCUUCAGGACACAGGCAGCCAGUCCCCACUGUCUCCUCCAGGAGCUUCCUGCACCACCACUGGAAAAUACCACUACUCCAACCUGCUGAGUCCCACAAACAUCAGCCAGUACAACCUGCCACCAGGCAGCAGCAGCAUGAGCCGCUCCAACAGCAUCCCCGCCCAGGACUCCUUUGACCUGUAUGGAGAGGGUCACCCACUGGGUGGCAGCGCAACCUCCUUGGAGGACCGACCCCGGGCCAUCAGCCGCUCCGGCUCCUUCAGGGACAGCACUGAUGAAGUCCAUGGCUCCUCAUUGUCCCUGGUCUCCAGCACAUCUUCACUGUACUCUGCAACGGAGGAGAAAGCUCACUCAGAGGGCCAAACAGUCCAAAAUUCCACGCAAAUCAGAAAGCUGCGUCGGGAGCUGGACGCCUCUCAGGAGAAGGUGGCGACCCUGACGUCUCAGCUGGCUGCCAAUGCUCACCUGGUGGCCGCCUUCGAAAAGAGCCUGAGCAACAUGACCUGCCGCCUGCAGAGCCUCACCAUGACCGCUGAACAAAAGGAGUCUGAGUUGGCUGAGUUGCGGGAGACAAUAGAGAUGCUGAAGACCCAGAACACAGACGCCCAGACGGCCAUCCAGGUGGCGCUCAACGGCCCUGACCACCUCCACAAAGACCUGCGGAUUAGACGGCAGCACUCUUCUGAAAGCAUGUCCAGCAUCAACAGUGCAGCCAGUCACUCCAGCAUGGGCAGCCUGGGCAAGGACGCCGAAGACAAGAAGAAGAAGAAGAAGAGCUGGGUGGCUGAUUCCAUCCCGGCUCAGUUACGCAGCUCCUUCAAGCAGGCGUUCAGCAAGAAGAAAACCAAAUCCCAGUCGGCCCACGACGAGAUGGAGGAGAUGACUGACUCUCUGCCAUCCUCACCCAAACUGCAGCAUGACAACAGGCAGGGCAGCAUUGCCACGCUGCGCUCCUCGCCCUCCACCACCGAGCUGUGUGAAUGCACCGAGGCGGAGGCGGAGAUCAUCCUCCAGCUGAAGAACGAGUUGAGAGAGAAGGAGCUCAAGUUGACAGACAUUCGCCUGGAGGCGCUCAGCUCCGCCCACCACCUUGACCAGAUCCGAGAGGCCAUGAACCGCAUGCAGAACGAGAUUGAGAUACUGAAAGCGGAGAACGAUCGCCUCAAGUCCAGCGGCAACGCGACGCCGACGGCCACGCCCAUCAAGACUGCCCGGCCGCCCUCAGAGACCUCCAGCACCUCCUCGUCCUCCUCGCGUCAGUCCUUGGGGCUGUCGCUCAAUAACCUCAACAUCACUGACACUAUCAUGUCAGAUAUUCUGCUCGACGACAGCUACGAGGGCAAUCUGCGCAAAGAAGGUCGGAGCGUGCGAAUAGUGGUGACCAUCAGCAGUGGGCCAAAUACCACUAAGGGUACACACAGCCAGGAGUACCUGAUUGGCUCCAUAGGCGUGAGUGGAAAAACCAAAUGGGACGUCCUGGAUGGGGUCAUCAGACGCCUCUUCAAGGAGUACGUGUUUCGGGUGGACCCUCUGACCAGCCUGGGUCUCAACUCAGACAGCAUUGUCUGCUACAGGAUGGGCGAGGUGGUUCGCGCCCACGCCUCCGAAGUGCCUGAGCUGCUGCCCUGCGGCUACCUGGUGGGCGACAACAACGUCAUCAAGGUCAACCUCAAAGGAGUGAAGGAGAACAGCAUAGACAGUCUGGUGUUUGACACACUCAUCCCGAAGCCCAUCAUCCAGCGGUACCUGAACCUGUUGAUGGAGCACCGUCGCAUCAUCUUGUCGGGACCCAGCGGCACAGGCAAAUCCUUCCUGGCUGCAAAGCUGGCCGAGUACAUCAUUUCCCAGAUGGGGCAGGAGGUGACUGAGCACAACGUGGCCAGCUUCAACGUGGACCAGAACUCCAGCAAGGAUCUGCGUCAGUACCUGUCCAACCUGGCAGAGCAGUGUAACUCUGAGGAGACGGACACAGAGCUCCCCACUGUGGUCAUCCUGGACAACCUCCACCAUAUCGGCUCCCUCAGUGACAUCUUCAACGGCUUCCUCAACUGCAAGUACCACAAAUGUCCGUAUGUUAUUGGGACCAUGAACCAGGGAGUUUCCUCCUCCCCCAACCUUGAGCUACACCACAACUUCAGGUGGGUGCUGUGCACCAACCACACCGAGCCGGUCAAAGGGUUCCUGGGCCGUUUCCUGCGGCGGAAGCUGAUAGAGACGGAGAUCGAAAAGAACAUGCGCAGCAAUGACCUGAUUAAGAUCAUCGACUGGAUCCCUAAGACCUGGCAACAUCUCAACGGCUUCCUGGAGGCACACAGCUCCUCUGAUGUCACCAUAGGCCCCCGUCUCUUCCUGUCCUGCCCCAUGGAUGUCGAAGGCUCUCGGGUUUGGUUCACUGACCUGUGGAACUACUCUCUGGUGCCCUACCUGCUGGAAGCCGUGAGGGAAGGGCUUCAGGGCUCACCUUCAACCAUACCUCUCCGACAGCUGUAUGGCAAAAGAGCGGCAUGGGAAGAUCCGUCAAAGUGGGUGAACGACACGUAUCCAUGGAACGCCGCCGCGCUGCAGCAGGACGGCCAGUCGCUGCUCCAGCUGAGGCCAGAGGAUGUGGGAUACGACGGCUACAGCUCAUCCAAGGAGGGAGCCUCGUCUAAGCAAGUGUCUCAGAGCGACACUGAGGGAGACCCCCUGAUGAAUAUGCUGCUGCGGCUGCAGGAGGCAGCGAACUACUCCAGCACACAGAGCUGCGACAGCGACAGCACCAGUCACCAUGACGACCAGCUGGACUCCUCACUGGAGUCGGCACUAUGAGAGCGAGAGCUGCACUGGGAGACACCGGACCCUUGGAUCCCUUGAACCUGGGAACAUUUUAACCUCCAUCACUAACAGACACAAACCCUAGUCCUGCACAGAUGUAUGAUAUAUAAAAAGUUUUAUUAUCCAAAAUGAUAUACACACCAUUCAAAAUCAAACACCUAUUUUUACAUAAUGAUGGUGCAAUAUUAAAUCAAAUUAUUCUAAAUUUUAAAGAGCAGUCACCAACCUGAUCAAAAAAAAAUCAUACAGGUUGGAUCGUUUCUAUUUUACUGAAAUCAAACAGUGACAUUAGCUUGUCAUUUGUAAUGGGUGUAUAACAUUUUAAGAAUACAACUUUUCAUACACUAUAUGUGUGGACGGGAUGUGUCUGAAGUUGACUUCCAAGGAGUAAAUCACAGUUCCUGCUCAGCCAUGAUGAGCCACAGUUUACUCCAUCCAUCUAACAGUGUGUCAGCAAAAUGUAAGAAAGCCAAGAGUGACAAAACUGGAUUUGAGUUUUUUUAAAAACCCAGUUAUAUCUUCAGAUGUUUACAAUGGGGGGGCAUGUUCUGUUGUUUAUGUCUUUCCUUGUUUACAGAGGUGCUUCACACACAGACACACACACACACACACACUCAUAUAAAUGCACUUACACACAGGCAGCAGAAGGAGACUUUCUUUUAAUCAGAGGCUUCAAUCAGUUCAAGCCCUCAUCUUGACCAACAGUCCAGCCUGCCAAAGUGUCCUUGAGCAAGGCACUGUAUCUCUACCACCUCUGGGAUACCUGAUGUCCAACCCCACAUACUGAGGGAGGCAAGGAGGAGGAGAGCACUGUGGAGUGAUUUGAGGCGAUGGAACGCCCUCUGGUGGCUGUAAUUGGAGGUUCUUAGCUCUUAGAAAACAGUGGCCGUGAACCACUGAUUGUUGAUCUUCACAUGCAAAUUGGGAUUCAUCACAGAUGCAUCAGACUGAUUUUGUGUUUAAAUAAUGUUAGGUAAAGUAAAAAAAACAGCUGUUUCUUGUGGUUAGCUGAACUGGCUCCUCAAAGGUUACAGCUCUGGUAAGGUUUAGGGCUAAAUGACACUUUUUUGACCAGUUGUUUACCACUAAAUCACCUGUUGUCACCUUGUGUCUUUACUUUUUCUAAAUAUAAGUUGUGUACAGGCAAUUCUGCACCUCCAUGAUGGCACCAGAAGUGGUUGAUGUGAGACUUUUGCAAAGCCUCUACAGCCCAAUUAGGAUCACAAGACUAACAUUAUCAUUGUGUACCGACACACACACACACACACACACACACACACACACAUACAUCCCUCCUGCCCUCAGCUCAGUUGUCAAUUGAGCCUCAGGGUGCUGGUCUCUUGCCCUGAACCUCAUCAGUGUCAGGCACUGCCAAGCCGCUCCUCGCCGGUCUGCAUGCCAACAAGCACAAUGAAAGCGCAUUGUCUGUGUGUCAUCCAGCCACAUUGCUACUGUGAAGAAAAAAUGGACAAGUGCCAAUGUUUUCCUUUGAUUUACUGCCAAAUGUGCACACACACAACCAUACGCAUACACACAGACGUCCCAUCACAAUGCAGAGCUGACCAUGGUUGUAGACUUAGAUUAAGUUGUUUUUGGCUUUCCUCACUCUGAAGCAUGCUGUCACCCGUUAGCUUUAAAUGCACCAUGAGAAGAGCAGGCGGCGCCCUCUUUUGGAUCAUCACCGAACUGUAUCAGUUAAUCAUUCGCUAAGCUCCUCCUCCGAACAAUGAAUGUCCAAUCAUGUCUGUCGAGCUUUGGAUUCCUCCACCUGUCUAAGCAGUGUACAUGCAGCUGUUGUAACAGAUAUACAACAUUUAAAAAGUUGUAGGAUGGUUUCGAGCAAAAGAGUAAGAAAAGCUCAAACAGUGAUAACUUCACAGAUUUGUAAAAUUCUGUCUGUGAGUAUUAUAACCCGCUGUGUUGUGCUUUGGCAUCUAAUAAGUGUUUAAACACAUAAAUCCGUCCCUCCAAAUGGACCUCCCGGCUCAUAUUCCAUUGUCACACCUCCACAAACACACCCGCCUGCGCGGGGGUUUAGCAUUAUGCAGCUCCGUCCUGCUCCAUUCUUGAAUUUAGGAAAGUUACACUCCAGCAACUCCAGCCAACAUUACCUGAGAUAGCAUCGGCCAAACACAUUGAUUAAUCCUCAUCCUCAAAGCCCUGUCUCCUGUUGUAACAUUAAAAGUGGAAACACACUGAAGUUAACUUAUAGCUUUAGCCUCAGUCCUUUAGCACAAUAUAAUAUAUAAUCAAGUGCAUAUUUAAGACCAAUUUUACAAGACUAUCGUUUUAAAAUUAAGCGGCUGGAAACGUGAAAAUCAGCCAGAGAUGUGGAGCUAACAUUAGCUUAAUUAGCUAGCUAGCUUCAGCUGAAUUUCAAGUGGCAAAUGUGCUAUCUUUAUCAUCUUUAUCAUUGCAGAGGUGCAAAAAUGGAAAGCUUGACAAGCAUAGCAAGAGUAGGUAAGGGGGGUGGGUCUGAGCAAAUGGCUGAUUGCGAAUAACUAAAUUCCUGUGGCAACCUGCAGGUAGAGUUGGCUGCAACAGGGAAACUCAAAGUAACAGGAAAGAAGCAAACUUACUGAAUGUUUCCACUCCAACAGAUAUAAAUCAGAGCUAUGGCACUGUUUGAUCAAUCAACAAAAUAUCGGUUGUAUUGAAUUGAAUGUUUCAAGCUGUCUUGCUUGAAACUUGCCGUCACUCAUGUGAUGGUCUUGUUCGGCUUCUGCAGCCCUCCGGGAUCCAUGAGGUACCAAAAAAGAAUCAGAAGUAUUUUCAAAUGCAAGUUAACCAGAUCAGCCCAAGAGCUGAGUAAGGGAACAAUGAUACUGGUGCUUUCUCGCUGCCUUAAAUGUGCAAAAGUUGGGGAGACAUCUCCUUCUCCCAUUGGCUAUAGUGAGAAAAAGUUGGAUGAUGAUGAUGAUUUGCUUCCCGCUACGUCAGAGAUGCUGCUUGUAGUCGGAAAAAUAGCCUCUUUUUGUUUGUGGUCGCUCCCUCUUCCUCCAAACCGCCCUUUCUUGUUUCUGACAGUUGAAUUAUAAAAGAAUUGAUGCUGUGUUUGAAUUUAAAAACUGACCAAUAUUGUAAAAACAUUUUAAAAAGGGGGUGGGGUAUUUUUUAAGUUGUUAUUUUGCGCCCAGUUGAGCUGGGCCCACUUGAACAGACAGGAGCACAACCAAACUGUUUUGGGUUUUCUAGCCUGAUGAGCAUGUUUUGAGGCUUUUUAAAGGGGAUGCAUUGAGAAGAGACCUUUAUCUUUAUGUAUGCGUGUAUUGGACGGAAGCCAUUUUGAAUUUUGAUUGUCCUCUCUUUGUUUAACGAGUGGGUUGGUUUUGCACACUUUGAGGUGGGGGUGGGUUGUAAAUACUUAAGUCUUGCACAGUGAAUCAAAGAUGCAUUCUGCCCUGUUGAUGUUACAAUAUGCUUAACCCGCUGAGUAAAUUAUUGUACUAUGAGAACAGAGAAAAAAAAAAGAAAUGCAAAAACUCAACACGCUGUCAGAAACAGGUGUGUGUCUUGUGGUGAUUGGAUGUUUUGCCUAUGCAGGAGGCAUACGGUGUACAGUAGGAAACUGUUUUUUAACUCACUGACAUCACAGACUGAGAACAAAAAAUAGGCACUUUUCCAGUUUCCCCCCCUCCUAUCCUGCCAUAAUAUUCUCUGGAUCCUCUCUGUCUUUAGGAAUGCCUGUUGUUCCUUAGAAGCACUUCCUCUCUGGACAUUUUAACCCACGCUUACCGCCACGUUAGGCUUGCCGGCUGUCUGAGGCACUGAAGCUGACCCGACACCGUACUGUAUACAUUUACCAACAACCAACAGGUGCUACUAGUCAGUCAGAGCCCAUCAGAGACCAACAAGUCACAUUUUCACAACCUCAGGACAGUCCUACCCUCUACAAUCCUACCUGUGUUCAGCUUCACGUGUCUCUGCAGCCGAGCCUCUGAUGGUUCGCACAUGUAUCUGGCCAACUUCGCCAGCCUUGUGUCUGCAAGGGUGUGUAGUUGCAUGCUAAGGGAGUAGUUACCAUGGUAACAGGUUGCUCCUUAACUUGACUUACACCCAUGUAUCAAACCUGAGCUUAGAUAUCCCACAUUUAACCCUCUCAGCUACUCUACACUCCUGUUGUAGGCCAUUAGUUCCCGAGCUAGCAGAACGUUGACACCGUUAACAGUGUACACCAUAGUGCUGAUGAUCAACUGGUAAUUUUUCCCCACUUACGCUUUGCAGUUACAUCUCAGUUGAAAACCAUAGCAUUUACUCUGGUUUGAGAGAAAGUUUUCUUCUUUUUUGGGUGAAACAUUUGUCCUUAAAUGUUUUAUAUUUUGUACAUUUGUAUGUAACAUAUCAUGUAAAUAGACAGAGACAGUGAUUUAACUCAUCUGGAGGAUUUUGUAGUCUUUGUAAAGCCCUAAUAAAUGGUAUUUGGUGUCACACGAGCAAACAA